ACAAAAAACACAGGGCUGCAAAUCCAAUGAACAAAAGUCAAAAAUAAACACGAAAAGAGGCGAGAAUUAAGUGAACAAAUAUUAAAAAGCAGAUCAAAGUGCAAAAAGUGUGUGGUGGCUUCAUCGCGAAGAACAAUAACCUAACAUCUAAUACAGCAUAAUUAAUUUCUUUCAAAUACUCCGUUUAGUUCGCGUUUUAAUUCAAUUCAAUAAAUUAAUAUGUUAAACCCAACAGCCAGAAGAACGGCGACAUAAAUGGAUCAUCAAUCGUAGAGGCAGCCGAAAAGAAAUCAAGAUCGUCGAGUGUCUAUGAGGACAGCUGAAAGUAUUUCGUUUUUUUUUUUUGGGGGGCGCGGCUCCAACUGCCCCACGCCCACGCACGCCAACAGGAGCAAGUGAGACGGCAGACAGUGCGACUGAGAGGGCGAGACAAAUGUGCGAGCGACGGUGAGUGAGCGGACUCGGAUUCGGUUUCCGGAUUCCGGGGGGCUGAGAAGGAGGUGAAGCCGCUGAAGGACGCAGGACGAAGGCCAUGGAUUGGUCCCGGUGGCAAAUGGCCAGAGAAGGAGCUGGCAACCCUGGACAAGUCAGGAACAACCCUGGGCGCAAGGAUUGCGAUCGCGAGACCCGAUUGGAGUGGUUGCCCAUUUGAUUCGUUGCGGCGUCACACGUAGGUUCUAUCAGUCAGUCAGUCAGUCAGUCAGUCAAUCAAUCAGUCAGUCAGUCAGUCAGUCAGUCAGUCACCCACUCAAUAAAUCAAUCGUGCCACAGUGCUCGGUUAUCGUUGUUCCCCACAUCAUCAGUUAAAAACAGAAAUACAAUACCAAGCGAUCAAGGCAUGCACAUUACUGUAAAUACUCAAAACUAGUUUCAUACAAGUAAAAAGCAAAAACUCUUAACAACCAAAACCUAAAAACCGAAUUACAAAAGUGCAGUGUUCAGUGUUUACCGACAAAGGAAAACAGAAGCGGCGUGGAAUAUCGAGUGAAGAAACUCCGAAAGUGAGAGGGCGGCCGGGGGCUGCCCCGCAAAAGAAAAGUUCAUCUUCAAGAUCAACAGCAACGAAAUCAACAAUUAAAUCCACUAUAGCAACAGCAACAACAACAGCAUAACGCCCCCAACACUGCCAAUGACAUUGCCAUUAUCAAGAACAACGUUCGUUCAUCAUCGUUCGUUUAGAUUUGACACAAGGUUCUAUCACGCAAACUAAAGCCACAUCUUGUUGCGGACACCGUAAAGCAGUAUAUAAGUCGGGCCCAACGCACAACCAAAAAGGGUUCUCAAGAGCAGCAAAAUAUGGAGUUUUUACGCGGCGUCUAUGCGUUUAUGCAAGUGAGUAGAUCAUCGGUGUCUCAUGUCAAAAUCGAUUCACCUGUUUUUCGCCUGCACACCAACGCAACGGUCAUAUUACUGAUCACAUUCUCGAUUGCUGUGACGACGCGGCAGUACGUAGGAAAUCCCAUAGACUGUGUACAUACAAGAGACAUUCCCGAAGAUGUUCUCAACACAUAUUGUUGGAUACACUCAACGUAUACAGUGGUCGAUGCGUUUAUGAAGAAGCAAGGUUCCGAGGUGCCUUUUCCCGGAGUUCACAAUUCACAGGGCCGCGGGCCUCUUACAAUAAAGCACACAAAAUAUUAUCAAUGGGUAGCGUUUACACUAUUUUUUCAGGCAAUCUUAUUUUAUACACCAAGAUGGCUGUGGAAAUCUUGGGAGGGUGGCAAGAUUCAUGCGCUCAUCAUGGACUUAGACAUAGGCAUUUGUUCCGAAGCCGAGAAAAAACAAAAAAAGAAAUUACUUUUAGAUUAUUUGUGGGAAAAUUUAAGAUAUCACAAUUGGUGGGCGUACAGAUAUUACGUGUGUGAGCUGCUCGCCCUUAUAAAUGUGAUAGGUCAAAUGUUUCUUAUGAAUCGAUUUUUCGAUGGCGAAUUUAUGACAUUUGGCCUGAAAGUGAUAGAUUAUAUGGAGACCGAUCAGGAAGAUCGCAUGGAUCCGAUGAUUUACAUAUUUCCCAGAAUGACCAAAUGUACAUUUUUUAAAUAUGGUUCAAGUGGGGAGGUGGAGAAACACGACGCCAUUUGCAUUUUACCAUUAAACGUUGUUAAUGAGAAGAUUUACAUUUUCCUUUGGUUUUGGUUUAUAUUAUUAACGUUUCUCACAUUAUUAACGCUAAUAUACAGGGUGGUUAUUAUAUUCUCUCCUCGAAUGAGGGUCUACUUAUUUCGUAUGCGAUUUAGGUUAGUGCGUCGUGACGCUAUUGAAAUAAUCGUUCGUCGUUCGAAGAUGGGCGAUUGGUUUUUGUUGUAUUUACUAGGUGAAAACAUAGAUACAGUUAUAUUUCGUGAUGUUGUACAGGACUUAGCGAAUCGUUUAGGACAUAACCAACACCACAGGGUGCCUGGCUUAAAAGGUGAAAUACAGGAUGCAUGAUAUUGGGAGUAUUAGAAAGAAUACAAAAUGCAAUUUGUCGUCUCCAUUUGAAAACCAUCGAAUUCAACAACAAACAUGUCGAAAGCUAGAACAAGACUAAGAAAGGACAAUUACAACCACAAAGGAAUCUAGAGAUCUUCGCAGCAGCCGCUUCAUUAAAACUUACAACUCAACACACCGCUAAAAAAUCUUUAAAAAAAAACGUAUCUCAAAAAUACAACCAAAAAAACUAUCGUCAGCUCGCAGUCAGUCAUAAAUCAGCAUUUUCAAUCAUGGAGACUAAGUCUAUCGAUAGUCGGUACAAACACAUCCAAAACCACAGGACAUAGAAUACAGCAUAGCAAAAUGGAAGCGGAAUGAAAGCAUGGAGAAAUAUGGAAAAAAUAGGAAAGCAUUAACAGCCACGCAACGAAAGGAAUUACUCAGAAUUCAAUACCAAUCAAUUAAAGUAACGUAAAUGAGAAAACGGAUAUCGAAUAAUCGAGAUCGACAGAUCGAGAGAUCGAGAACGGAAGUCCUGGGACUUCCGGACAGGACACCCAAGCCGGUGGCAAGUAGCGCCUGCCGUCGGCCAGGGGUCACAAGGUCACAAGUCACAAGGGAUCGCCUGGCAAUCAGCGAUCAGCGACCCAUAGAAAGUUGCCCCAAGGACAAGAUCAAAGUGUGAGGAGAACAGCAAAUGGACAGCACCGGAAACGGAAACCACAGACAAAUACGCACACACACACCCACCCACCCACACACACACACACACACAGACGACGCCACACAUACGCUUACAGCGAAAUCACUCAUACGCCCCGUAGAACACAUCGCACUUUGCUUGUCAUGCAGCGUUAACUAAACCAAACAUCAACAAAGUCGAGACGACGCCCGCGGAAAAUUGCAUUUCUGUAUUAACCCCAAGAAGAGAAGAGACGGAGAAGAAUCGAAAGUCAGCAUCACUCUCACCGAGGAAAAGCAGGAGAACCAUACAAACGAGAUGCUACAACAACGCAACAAGACGGGGAAAGAAAAGCCUCCCCGCUUUGUGAAAGCAGCAAAUGAAAGUCAAGAAAAUCGCAAGUGGAAAUCGCAGAGGGGAGUAACAGUUUAAUUAAAUUAAAUUCAAUUCAAUUAAAUUACUUAUUACAAUGAUAUCUUGAAGUGUUCAUGUAUUCGAAUGUAGGUUAACUAAGUCAAGCAUACAAGUAAUUCUACAUAUAUGUAU